AUGCCGCAGCGCUCGAGCGAACAUCGGCAUAAUUCUCCUCAGAGGAAGGCUGGUCGGCACGAGCAGCGAGGUCGGCGGAGAGCGGACCAUCCUGGCAGUCCCCCGCUGCACCCUGGAAGUCCCCCGCUGCACCCCGGCAGUCCCCCACUGCACCCGCCCUGGCACUCGGGCGGUCCAGCUGCACCCCAGCUCUGGCCUCAGCCGGUCAUCGUGGACGGGAGGACUGCCUGGCUGCUGAUGGACCAGCCCCCGCGUCCGCCCCAGGCUGACCCGGGUCGGGGUCACAAACAGAGACCACCCAGUCCGAGCGGUAACCGAGACAGGCGGAAACCCAGCUGGAAGAUUUGUGCGCAUUCGGAGCGGAGCGGCUCGGUGGAGCGUCCCCGGUUCAUCCCCGUCACCUCCUUGGAGGAUGUGCAGGCCAUCCGCUGCGCCGAGUUCCACCCGUUCGGCAAACUGUACGCCAUCGGCUCCAACUCGAAAACGCUCCGCAUCUGCUCCUACCCGAAACUGGUCGACCUCAGGGAUGAUCACGUGACCUGUCAGUCUUCUGUGGUGCUGAAGCGUCCCCGCCACCACAAGGGCUCCAUCUACUGCAUGGCCUGGAGCCCCGUCGGAGACCUGAUCGCCACCGGCAGCAACGACAAGACCAUCAAACUGAUGCGCUUCGACGCCGACUCGUGCACUAUGGAAGAGCCGGCUGCCGAGCUGACGAUGCACGACGGCACUGUGAGGGACGUGUGCUUCAUCGAGGACAUGUCCAACAAGUCCAGUCUGCUGGUGAGCGGCGGCGCCGGCGACUGCAAGAUCUACGUCACCGACUGCGCCACCGGGGUGCCGUUCCAGGCGCUGUCCGGUCACACAGGCACCGUGCUCUCUCUAAGCACCUGGGGCGGCGCCAUGUUCGUCUCCGGCAGCCAGGACCGCACCGUCCGCGUCUGGGACCUGCGCUCUCGCGGCUGUGUGAACCGCCUGCAGCCACCCAGCGUGCACACGGCCAGCCGCGGCUCCCCGGUGGCCUCCCUGGCCGUGGAGCCGUCCGGUCGACUGCUCGUCUCCGGCCACGAGGACUCGUCCUGUGUGCUGUAUGACCUGAGAGGUGACCGGGUCAUCCAGGCGUUCCGGCCGCACGACGGCGACGUGCGCAGUGUGCGCUUCUCGCCGCACGCCUUCUACCUGCUGACGGCGGGUUAUGACAACCGGCUGGUGCUCUCUGACCUACAGGGUGACCUGACGAUGCCGCUACCGUCGGUCGUGGUGGCGCAACACCAGGACAAGGUGAUCACCGGCCGCUGGCACCCGUACGAGUUCAGCUUCCUCUCCACGGGGGCCGACAAGACGUGUACUCUGUGGGCGCUGCCACCCGUCUAAGGGCACCCGGGAGAGCCCGAGGAAAGGUAGAGAACUCUACGGGCAGGACAGUACGAGAGAUGGCGAGACGUACGGAGAGAUGCUUGGCAGGUCGCAGGACGCUCCAUGAGGUGGAGAGAUCCGAGCGUGAGAAGGUUAUUAGAGUAAAUAAAACUGAGGACGAGUGCUCCCAGUGAACUAGUGUGUGGCAUGAGGAGAGGAAAAGUGAGUAACGAGAAAUGCCGAAACAACAGUAAGCACCUCAGUAUGUUAUUAAGUUGUCUCUAUUACCUUCAAGUCACAGUGGGAUAUUGCGGUAUCUGUCAUUGAUCGUUGUAUUCAAACGGGAGUGUACAGUUUCAAUUUUAUGACAGACUUUAUCUGUGCAGCUCGUAGCAGCCAACUGUCCUCAAUGCUGAUGAAAUACUCUCGACGGAUGUGCAUGGACUGUGUGCGUUGUGUAUUUCAGCCUGACAGCGCUGAGCGCCUGAUCGGCGAUUGACGAUGACGAUGUUUAAAGUCCGCUAGUCGGCAUGACAUUGGACUGUAAUCUGAUGCUGGUGAGCCGUCCAGCUCGAUUCACAAGAAAGAAGGGUGAGUAGCCGUCCGUGGCCCUCGUGUUACAGGAAAGACUGGAUGUAUCCUUGUCCGACAAACGAGUAGGAAAGACGACUCGUUUAGUACGGGAGUCAAAUGGAAGAGUGAACGCAUCCAUGAUUGGUCCACGAGUCACAAGUAAAGGGUGAAUGUAUUCGGUCACGAAUGGCCAGUUGUAGCGCAACCUGGGCUACCACUUCCCACAGACCCGAUCGUGGGCGGGCCAAGCGUUUCGCCGUGGGAAGUCUUAGGGAGACAGAUUAUCCCAGAGUUAUGUGGGCUGUCUAAAUGUGGUCUAAAUGUCUGGGCGUGCCGCAUUCCCGAGUGUUGAAACUGAGGCUUGUCGAUGCUACGCAUGGCUGUCACAAGAGCAAUCCAUUCACAGCAAAUUCAAUGCAGUCCGGCACUGGGAUAUGAAGGUAGAGAGAGGCCAUUGGCCAAUGUUGUGACAGUGUAGCUAGCUGAGAAAGCGCUGGUCGCUGUGAAACGGAACGAGUUGGGGGAUCGGUCACUGCUUGAUGCAACGACGCAACUAUCUAUCUAAUCGCGCUGAACGUUCCGUGUGUGUAACGUGUGGAUUGCAACGACAAUAUACUAUGGCAAUGCGUAA